CCACACGAUUAUUAUUACUUAUUAUGCGUUUACUAUCGUUGCUAUAGCAUCGGUGGAAGAAAGUUAAUCGAGGUCGUCUAAGUCAGCAAAACAGAAUUAGAGAUAAUCCUAAAAGAUUGCGCAAAAUGAAAACCAGUAAGUAUCGCCGACGAGAGAGAGCAGCUCUAUUUACUUUAAAAGUUGCGGUAUGUAGCAGUAGCAGCUGCGAUACAAAGUUGUUGAAGUUGUACCUAUAUAAUUACAUGAAAUAUUCACGUUGAGACGUUGUGACGGUGAAUAGAUACGGCGCUGAAAAAUGCUUCGGCCCCAUGAACACAGAAUUCUAUUAAAGACGGGAAGGUUUAUCUCGCCAUCUCGCUUAGUUCAUCAUUCCUUAAACAACUGCUUUGUUAUAAAUACAUCAGAAACAUUUCCAAGUCUUACUAAUGGAGUUAAGAUCAAUAAACUUCAGGUCCCUGAAGUAGCACAGUUUGGAAGUCCGGUGGUGUUAGAUUGUGAUUACAGUUGGGAUGAAAAGAAGGACGAUGGCUUGGUGGUCAAAUGGUUCUUCAAUAACGGAAGAACACCCAUAUAUCAAUGGAUCACAAAUAAUAAGCCACAAGCACUAGGUAUUCUCAAAGGAAGACUGAAUCUGGAAUAUUCAGCUAGUCAACAUAACAACAGCAAGCACAGGGCUUUGCACAUUACAAAGCCGGCACCCGAACUGUCAGGGGACUACACCUGUUCAGUGUCCUCGUUCAACGACGAAGACAGUCGCACCAAGAGCAUGCUGGUGUACGUUCCAGAGAGAAGCCUCAACUUGCGACAGGAACGGAGCAGCAGCGAGCUAAUGCGAGUGUCAUGUUCUGCCGAGGGUGUCUACCCCCAACCUGAGAUGAUGCUGCUUCAAGGCGAUAGUUUUAUGUUCAUAUAUAAAUACAAUAUCAUCUUUCAUAUCACAGAGAAAAUUGAAAUCAACAAUACGGUUAUUACUGUGGAAAAGAAGGAAGGUUUGUUCAACAUCAAAGCAACUUCGGAUCAGCCGCGUCUCGAAGCCGCAAAAGAAUUUUCAUGCGAGCUACGUAUUCCGAAAGCAAACUAUACGGUGAAAAAGGAGGUUGUCUACUAUCCGAAUAGUCGUGGUAGUAACUUUGAAUCUUCAUCUGUUGUUAUAACAACAAUAUUGUGGUUUAUUCUUGAUACUUUUUCUGGCUCUAUUGCUUGAUUACCUAAUUAAAGGUGAUUCUUCAAAAAGCACAUUUGGUGUGUGAAGAUUUUCUAUGUUUGUGUAAACUUUUUAUAAAUAAAUUAUAUGUAUUAUUGUUAUUAUCUUUUUGUAUUCACUAUCCUAAAGUCAGUUAUUUCCGCUACUAAAACCGUCCAGUUCU